UGGUUUAUUAUAUAUUCUAGUCUGCUAAGUAGUGGUCGAGUGCUUAUAACAGUAUAAUGUAUUUUUAAUUGACAUUUCUAUCAAUGUGUUACAUAUUUAAUUAAAAAAAUGGUUAACAAUAAGUUGAAAUUGAUAGCCGAAAAUUAUUUUGGCAGUUUAAACCCUAUUGCUGCAAGAAUACAAAACGAUAUAAAAGAAAUACAACUAUCCUAUGACAACCUUUGGGGUAGUUUAAGUUAUGAACAGAAUGAAAUUAUUGAUGAAUCAAUUAUAAAACCAGAGAUCGCUUUACAAUACGCUUUAUUGACACCUACAGAGGAGAAGAAUAUUAGCUUUGAUGAAGGGUUACAUUGUUACAACAGCAAUCUAGUAACUGGUCAAAAAAUUGUGCAGGAUGAAAAUUUUGCUUACCGAGACGAGCAUUCAGCUCCUUUCAAUAUGAAGACUGCCAGUCAAUUAAAUUGA